AACAAAGGUUAGGGUGGGGCUCCUCAGAACUCCAUAGGCAGACUCACUGCCCCUCCCCAUGGCCCUCCCCCUGCCCUGUGGCACUGCUGGGCCCUCUGGCCCUGCAGACACACCUUUUCUCACUUACCACCAUGGAGUUUGACCUGUCAGCAGCUGUGGAGUCCACCUCCAAGAAGCCCCAGGGAGCAGGCCAUGUGGGAGACGCCAAGCACAGCCCCCACAAAGUUCCCGGUGGGUCAGCUGAUCACCUGAAGCAUCACCACGGCCGUGGCCACGGCAGCUCCUCCGAUUCCAGCAGCAGCUCCAGCGACUCGGAAAAUGAGGCUAAGCCCGGCACAGUCGGCUCGGAGAAGCACAAAAGCGCCCCGGGCAAGGUCAAGAAGCCAAAGGUGAAAAAGGAGAAGAAGAAGGACGGGAAGAAGAAGGACGAGAAGAAGAAGGCUCCCCACUGACGGGCCUGGGCGGGGCUCAUUAAACCUUCUCUCGGCCUCCA